AAGAAGCAACUUUCCUCUUUAUUUUCUGCCAACUAUCAGUCUCGAUGCCUCUUUUUUCAACAAGACUUGCAUCAUUGUCCUACUUGAAACCUUUCUUUGGUAGCCAUUACUUCUUAUGUGCCUCCAUUUUUCACUCUUAUUCCAAAUAUGCUCUGGAACGCCACCAUCCAAAGCCCAGCCCUUUGUGCUGUACAUCCAUAGGUUUACAGGAGUAUGGGGGAAAAUGGUGAGUUUAGGGGUUGGGAGGAACUGAUCCCUGAUGCACUUGGACUGAUCUUUCGCAACCUCCCCCUUCAAGAGAUCUUGACUGUAAUCCCAAGGGUCUGUAAAUCUUGGGGGAGGGCGGUUGCCGGCCCGUACUGCUGGCAGGAGAUCAAUAUCGAGGAAUGGAGCCAGCGAUGCAAGUCUGAUCAGCUGGAUCGUAUGCUUCAAAUGCUCAUUAGCCGCAGCUGCGGCUCCUUCCGUAAACUCAGUGUCUCUGGGCUCUCUAAUGAGUCGAUCUUUUCCCUCAUCGCCAACCAUGCUGGUUCUCUUCGGUCCUUAGAGCUCCCAAGAAGUGAAAUAAGCGAUCCCAUAGUAGAACAAGUUGCAGGGAGAUUAUGCAACCUUACUUUCCUGGAUUUGAGCUACUGUAAGCGGAUAGGUUCCCGUGCUCUUGAGGCAUUUGGAAAGCAGUGCAAGUCUCUCAUAGGGCUUCGGCGUGCAAUGCACCCAUUGGAGGUGGCGGACAAAGUUUGCCAAGACGAUGAAGCAUAUGCAAUAGCUUGUACAAUGCCGAAGCUUCGGCACCUUGAGAUGGCAUACCUGCUCCUCACCACCAGAGGAGUUCUCGAGAUACUCACGAGAUGCACUAACCUCGAGUUCUUGGACGUGCGGGGUUGUUGGGAGAUUAAUAUCGAUGAGAAACUUCUCAGAGAGAAGUUCACCGGGCUAAAGGUGCUGGGACCGAAUAUAGUUGACUGUUUCGAGAGGAAUUUCUGGUCUGAUUGCUCAGACUAUUCUGACUCUUCUGAUUACUCAUGGGAUUUUAUGGAUGAUGGGGUCGGAGUUUAUGAAGGAGAAAGUGAUGAUGAUGGUGUGUGGGAUGACGAGCAUGGAUUGCAAGGGCUGGAAGUAAGAUUCUAUGGUGGUGGCUUUAAUGAAGCCUAUUCUGCAUUUGAUUGGCCGCCAUCGCCAUAAGGAUGGAUUGUACUGUUUUUGCUACUGCUUGUUGGUGGUUUCUAAAUCUCUUCGCUUAUCAUCUCCUACCAAGAUUUGCCGUAUUCCAACUAAAAAACAGGCUACCGCUUGCGACUAAGAACCGGCUAAUGCUUGCCAUACUAGUACUAUCUCUAAAACCGAUCAUAGACUUCCUACUUGUAACUUCUCUGCUUUCUUUCAUGAAAACUAUGACUAGUGUUGCAUGUUUAUGUAAAUUGCCUGUUUACAUUGAAGCAAGUAUCAUGCAUGCUGUGUUUCUUUGUUUUCUUGACCUCUUUGUAAGUGAAGGUUUAUAGUGUAUUAGUGUCAGACAUCUUCACUUGGAUUCUGCUUCAACAUAAUUGCUGUUCAGAGCUUAUUAACGUUAUUGAA